AUGAUACGCUUUGGUGUGCUGUUGGCGCUGCUGUGCGCUGGCGCAUGCGUGAUCAACGCCAGCCCUGUGCCAGAUUCCACACCCGCCACAACACCAACAACAGCAGCCACAACGACAACAUACAGUGAUGACGAUGUGCAGAUUGUUAACUAUUCCAAUGAUAAUGUCGGCGCCAAUGGCUAUAACUUUGCCUUUGAGACCAGUGAUGGCGUGUCACGCAAGGAAACGGCCACGGUGAAGCAUGCUGGCGCGAUAUCGGUCGAGGGCACAGUCAGCUGGACGGGGCCGGAUGGUGUGCAAUAUACACUCAAUUAUGUCGCCGAUGAGCAUGGCUUCCAGGCACAAGGCACACAUCUGCCCGUGGGCCCCGAGCCAGCAUCAUAA